AUGGGAGUUGUUGCUGAACGGCAACCUGCAGUUCAGGUCUGCCAGCCAUCGCGGACGAAGUAUCCGGAGCUGAGGCUACCCACAUUCUCGGGAAAGCUGUUGGAAUGGAUCAACUUUCGGGACAACUUCAAGUCGUUGAUACACGACAACCAUCAACUCUGUACAAUCGAUAAAUUCAAUUAUCUACGUACCUCGUUGAAGGAUGAUGCUCUUCUGCAGAUCAAUCAAAUUCAAGUGACUGCUGCCAACUACACUCUCGCUUGGGGAAUUCUGGAGUCGAAGUUCGAGAACCACAAGCUCAUCGCACAGGAACAUUUGAAGGCAUUGUUCGCUGUUGCGCCAAUGAAAUUGGAGAGCUUUCAAGGAUUGAACCAUGUUCUAACGACGUUCAGGAUCAACCUCCAACAGUUGGAGAAGCUGGGUGAAAAUACGGAAAACUGGAGUACGCUGUUGGCUUUCAUGCUAUCCCAGAAACUGGACGAUGAUACGCUUCGCCAGUGGGAAACCCACCACAGCUCGAAGAAUAUUCCCUCCUACAAGGCAAUGGAGGAGUUUCUGGAGAAUUACUGUGGAAUCCUGCAGUCAACGUCAGCGCGAAGAAGUAACGAGUGCAGGAAGUCAUACAAGAACCCAGUAGUUCACGCUGUGGUAUCGUCGAAAGACGAUUGCCCAAUCUGCAAUGCUGGACCACAUUCCGUGGAGCAGUGUAGACGUUUCGGGAAUAUGAAGGUCGUUGAUAGGAAGAUGCUUGUUCGAAAGCUCGGAUUGUGCCUAAAUUGCUUGCGUUCCGGUCAUUUCGUUGCGGAUUGUUCGAGGUCUACGUGCAAUAAGUGUGGAUACAGCCACCACUACCUGCUUCAUCCGUACACCGCAUUCGCAAAAUCCUGUCAAACGACGAGCUGCUUGUCCAUCGAGGAGUCUGCCUGUGAAGCCAUCUUUGAGGAGACAACCACAAGAGAUCCUGAUGGAAAAUUUCGGGUAACAUUGCCGAAAAGGAAGCAUAUGCUGGAGAAACUGGGAGAGUCUAAGGCGAUAGCGAAGAAACGGUACCUCUCCAUGGAGAAACGGCUGAAUGCCAACCCGGAAAUGAAGGCAUUGUAUUCGACUUUCAUGCACGACUACCUUUCCAUGGGUCAUAUGACGGAGGUAGUAAACGACGAUGAGGAAUCUGGUCCGGAAUAUUACUUGCCGCAUCAUGCAGUGCUGAAACCAGACAGCACUACUACAAAACUAAGAGUAGUUUUCGAUGCAUCGUAUUCUACGGAUUCGGUUGUGUCCUUGAAUGACGUCUUGAUGGUGGGACCUGUCGUUCAAGACGACCUACGAAGCAUCCUUUUACGAUUCCGGUUGUUCAAGUAUGCUGUUGUAGGAGACGCAGAGAAAAUGUACCGGAUGGUAUGGCAGCACGAACUGGAUCAGCUGCUGCACAAGAUAUUCUGGAGAGAUUCGGUUCAGGAGCCAUUGCGGACGUACAAGCUAUCCACUGUAACGUACGGUACAUCAUCUGCACCUUACCUUGCCACUCGUUGUCUGAACAAGUGUGCUGAGGAUGGAGCAGAGCGCUAUCCCGUAGCUUCAGUGGUGGUCAAGAAGAGUUUUUAUGUUGACGACAUGCUAGCCGGCUCUCAUACCGUUGAAGAAGGCGAACAGCUCUGUAAGGAGGUACUGGAGCUCCUGAAGGGAUCAGGUUUCAACCUCAGGAAGUGGAACUCCAACAAUCCAACAAAAAUUUUGAAGGCAAUACCCUCGCAUCUGCGGGACGAUCGAGAAUUCCUGAAUUUAGAUGAGAAGGCAACUGUGAAGACGUUAGGUCUCACUUGGAAGACGGCUACGGACACACUGUGGAUCAAGGUUCCGGAUUGGAGGCCAGGUGGGCCAAUCACGCAUCGUGUUGUUCUAUCCGAGAUAGCACGUCUUUUCGACCCCUACGGACUAGUUGGUCCGGUAGUAGUCCAAGGAAAACUAUUUCUUCAAGAGCUUUGGAAGGCGAAGUACUCCUGGGAUGAACCACUAAGUGAUGAGCUUCAGUCACAAUGGUUGGAGUUCAGAACCAAUCUUUGCGAGUUAGACGCUGUGUCUGUUCCUCGAUGGAUCAGGUUCGGAAGAGAUGUAAUCACAUGUGAAUUCCACGGAUUCAGCGAUGCAAGUGAUAAAGCAUACGGUGCCGCGAUAUACUUAAGAUGUGUGAACCGGGACGGAGAAGUCACGAUCAACCUACUGUUGGCCAAAUCAAAGGUUGCGCCGUUAGAGGACCUUAGUAAAAGGAAGAAGAAGCAAUCCACACCUCGGUUGGAGCUAUCUGCUGCGCUACUGUUAGCGCACCUGUAUGAGUCUGUCUCCACCAGCAUGAUGAUAGCAGCCAAAUCAUUCUUCUGGACCGAUUCUACAAUUGUAAAAUUCUGGAUUUCGUCACACCCGUCUAGAUGGCAGGUCUUUGUGGCCAAUCGUGUAUCAGAGAUACAACAUGUGACAAAGGGUGGAAUCUGGAACCACGUUCCGGGAAUCGAGAAUCCCGCUGACAUAAUUUCGAGAGGAGCCACUCCAGCUCAGAUAACGAGCAAUUCUCUGUGGUGGAAUGGUCUAGAAUGGCUGAAAAAGGAAACCCAGUACUGGCCUGUAAACGAGCAGGUUCCAGAGCAGCAGUUCGAUUCGGUAAUCCUGGAGGAGAGACCACUAGUGUCAGCAGUCCUACAGACUCUGCCUCCAAGUGAGAUUUUCACGCUACGUUCGUCUCUACUGAACCUUGUUCGUCUGACCGCUUGGAUACGCCGUUUUUCCUUCAACUGUCGACCAAGAAAUCGGUUGCAUAGGAAAACUGGAUUGCUGACAGCUGGUGAACAUGAUUCAUCCUUGAUUCUCCUAGUGCAGCUAGCCCAAUCGGAAUGUUUUCCAUUGGAAUUAUCAAACCUUGCGGCUAAGGGCGAAGUUAGGCCUUCGUCGAAGCUGCAUGCUCUGAAUCCUGUGAUGGUUGAUGGGAUACUCUGCGUUGGCGGCCGGCUCGGAAAUGCUCCUGUUUCGCGAGGAAGGAAACAUCCGAUGAUUUUGGAUAGCCAUCAUCCACUCACGAAGCUCAUCUUGGUCGACUAUCACCGGCGAUUGCUGCAUGGAGGACCGCAGUUGAUGAUAUCGUGUGUUCGAGAGAGGUUUUGGCCGUUGAGCGUCAGAAACUUAGCCAGGAAGGUAAUGCACGAGUGCGUAAAGUGUUUCAGGGUGAAACCACGCGUCCAUGAUCAGUUGAUGGGAGAUCUUCCGUUGGAACGAGUAUCACCAGCUCCUGCUUUCCAACGAGUGGGUAUCGAUUAUUGUGGACCAUUCGAACUGCAGCCUGUCACCCGGAAGAGCGCUCCGGUGAAAUGCUAUCUCUGUUUAUUCGUUUGCUUAGUCUGCAAAGCCGUCCACAUUGAGGUCGUGAUGGACCUCACCACCGAGACAUUUCUUGCUGCUCUUCGGAGAUUUGUUGCCAGACGGGGAAGACCGGAGUUGAUACUCUGCGACAACGCCUCCAAUUUCGUGGGAGCACAAAGAGAACUGCGUGAAUUGCAUCGAAUGUUUCGUCAACAACAGUUCCAAGAAAAGGUGUCAAUGGAGGCUGCACAAGAUUCGAUCGAAUUCAAAUUCAUCCCUGCCAGAUCACCCAACUUUGGUGGCUUGUGGGAAGCCGCAGUCAAAUCGCUGAAAGGGCACAUGAGGAGAGUAAUCGGCAACAGAAUGCUGAAGUAUGAUGAACUGCAUACCGUUGUGACGCAGAUUGAAGCAUGUCUAAAUUCGAGACCGCUGACACCUCUCAGUAAUCACUCCGGUGACUUGGAAGCAUUGACUCCCGGGCAUUUCUUGAUCCAACGCCCACUCACCUCAGCACCCGAACCAAGUCUUCAUGAUCUACCAGAGAAUAGGCUCAAUAGAUGGCAACGUGUUCAGAACUACAGUCAACUGAUUUGGAAGCGCUGGUCAACGGACUACUUGUCAACUCUGCAGAGUCGCAACAAAUGGACAAGGCAAAGAAAUAAUUUGAACGUUGGAACAAUGGUUCUUUUGAAGGAGGACAACAUUCCACCUCUCAAGUGGAAGCUGGGACGCGUCAUGGAGACUCACCCAGGGCCAGACGGGAACGUGAGAGUUGUCACCGUUCGUACGAAGGAUGGCUCUUAUCGCCGGGCUAUUUCGAAGAUACGUAUUUUUCUCAUCCGAGAUAAUCAACUGGAUGUCGAGGAAUCGCAGUAG